AUGGCGGUUUCUUCGUCAGCUCCGGCCAUCAUCUUCGCCGUUACCGUAGUGACGCUCCUCGCCGUCUCAUCUGUCAAAUUACCAUUUCACCCUCGGGAUUUGCUUCCUCUCUUGCCUAGACAACUCUCGUGGCCGCUUCUCGACUCUCUAAACUCCGCCGUCGACCUUCUCCCUACUUACAUAGGCGCCGCCUCUAUUAAAAACGACGCCGUUGAGUGGAAAGGAUCUUGCUUUUACGAGAACAAGGCUUGGUUGGAGCUCAAUAACAAGUCCGGUUCAGAGUUUGGCGGUGGUACACUUCACAUUAAGGUUGAGAAGGCACAUAGUUGGACUUGCAUGGAUAUUUAUGUCUUUGUGACACCAUAUCGUGUGACGUGGGAUUGGUACUUCGUUUCAAGGGAGCACACCAUGGAGUUCAGUGCGUGGGAAGGAAAAGCUGAGUAUGAAUAUGUUAAGCAGAAAGGGGUUUCUAUAUUCCUCAUGGAAGCAGGGAUGGUGGGAACCCUCAGAGCAUUAUGGGAUGUCUUCCCUCUCUUUACCAAUACCGGUUGGGGGGAGAAUUCUAAUAUUGCGUUUCUUGAGAAGCAUAUGGGUGCUAAUUUCUAUGCUCGUCCUCAACCUUGGGUUACAAACAUCACUACUGAUGAAAUCCACUCUGGAGACAUGCUAGCUAUCUCAAAGAUCCGUGGGCGUUGGGGUGGUUUUGAGACUAUGGAGAAGUGGGUAAGUGGAGCUUAUGCUGGCCACACUGCUGUUUGUUUGAGGGAUUCUGAUGGGAAACUAUGGGUUGGUGAAUCCGGGAAUGAAAAUGAAAAGGGAGAAGAUGUAAUAGCGGUAUUGCCAUGGGAAGAGUGGUGGGAGUUUGAACAAACCAAGGAUGACGCAAAUCCCCAUAUUGCAUUGCUACCGUUGCAUCCUGAUUAUCGAGCCAAGUUUAAUGUUACAGCUGCAUGGGAAUAUGCACGCAGCAUGGAUGGUAAACCGUAUGGCUAUCACAACUUGAUCUUUAGCUGGAUUGAUACCAUCAGCGGGAACUAUCCACCUCCUCUGGAUGCUCAUCUUGUUGCUUCUGUCAUGACAGGUCUUGAUCUUCCUGAUGUACUCGUGGAAGUCGAAAAGCGUGGAUCCUCUUUUGACGAGUUGCUAGCAGUUCCUGAACAAGAUGAUUGGAUUUAUAGCGAUGGGAAAUCAACUUCUUGUAUUGCUUUCAUCCUAGAAAUGUACAAAGAAGGUGGCUUGUUUGAUCCAAUCUCUAGUUCCAUCCAAGUCACUGAAUUCACGAUCAAAGAUGCUUACAUGCUCAAGUUUUUCGAGAACAAUGCAAGCCGUUUACCCACAUGGUGCAAUGACAACGACAAUGUAAAGCUUCCGUACUGUCAAAUACUUGGGAAGUACAGAAUGGAACUUCCUGGUUACAACACUAUGGAGCCAUACCCGCAUAUGAACGAGCACUGCCCGUCUCUGCCUCCAAAGUACCACAGACCAAAGAACUGCUAG